CAAAGCUGAAGUAAACCUGGUGCAACUACUGUCUUGGAACGACUAUGGAGAAUCGCAUUAUCUUGGACCUAUCUUUGUCGGAGACAUGGACUGCUGGUUUCGAUCAUCAAGCCUGGCUGAAACUCGGGUCUUGGUAUGCCAACGCUUUCAAAACCGGAUCUUAUUCAGACUUCGAUAACGACGGCAUCUACCUGUGGAGUCGUCUUUACCCUGCAGCGGCAGAUAUUCGGGGGGACAGCGUGGGGAAACCUGCUCUAUGGCAACUUGUAAUCUUUCGAAACUGACAAGUAAAUGAUUAUGGAAUGAACAAUCUCUCUAGACAGGAUGUUCUCUAGGCAGUCGUAUUUCUGAAGCAGUCUGCCAUGGUUUCACUGAUCUGCGGUCCCUCUAAUCUCUCUUGGCACAUCUCUAGCGGGACAUGGAAGAUCAGUCUGCCGCUUCGCGAGACUUGUCAAGUCGAAGUCGCGGUGUCGAGGGACGGAUAUGGUAUCGCGGAUUUCAGACCAGAUGGCUUCUUUUUCAAUAUGACUCCCUCUUCGUAUAACUUCAACGCGUUUGUCGGUUAUUAUGAUUGGAUCUAGUUGAUGACGAGUAUCGACGAAAUUGUACCUCUAUAUGUGUGUCUUUAUCGGGCCUUAUACGAG